AUGGCUGCCGCCGCUUCCCCGCGCGGGCCCGCGCCGGAGUCGAGCGAGGAGCACGAGCCCCGCGACUGGCGCGUGCUGCGCGGCGCCAUGCACAUGCUGUGGCGGCAGGGCAGCGUCAUGACCCCAGUGGAGGCUCUUGAGGGCGUAAGCGAGUGGGGGGUGGAGCGGUCAAAGGCCCUCUACAACUGCAGCGGCUGGGGGGCGCCGUACUUCUCCAUCAACGAGGAGGGGCACGUGGUCGUGCGCCCCAAAGGGGACGACAGGGAGGUCGACGUUUUCAGGCUGGUUCAGGAGCUGCACGCCCGCGGCCUGCGCACGCCGCUGCUGCUGCGCUUCCUCGACAUCGUCGGCGAUAGGAUCGAGCGCCUCAACGUGCGGCGGCGCGGGAGCAGCGCGGCGCCCCUGGGCCUCAAAGCGUUCCUGGGGGCCAUCGAGCGUUUCGAGUACCAGGGCGCCUACCGCGGCGUCUUCCCCGUCAAGCCGCAUGCGCGGACCGCCAACGUCCGGCCGCCGCAGUGCAACCACGACCGGGACCUGAUCCGCUGCAUGGUGGAGCACGGCCGCCCCUACGGCUGUGGCCUGGAGGUCGGCUCCAAGGCUGAGCUGGCCAUGGUCAUGUCAGUCCUGGCCGACGUGCCCGGCGCCAACCUCAUAUGCAACGGCUACAAGGACACAGAGUACAUGGAGAUGGUUCUGCACUGCCGCGAGCUGGGCAUCAACGCGCUGGUGGUCAUGGAGCAGUACGCGGAGCUGGGCAUGCUGCUGGACGCAUCGGCGCGCCUGGGCGUGAAGCCGGGCAUCGGCAUCCGCGCCAAGCUGACCACGCAGCACCGGGGCCACUGGGGCUCCACCUCCGGCGACAAGGCCAAGUUUGGCCUCAAGGCCCGCGAGAUCGUGGCGGUUGUUAACCGCCUGCGCAAGGAUAAGCUCCUGGACUGCCUGCAGCUGCUGCACUUCCACUCGGGAUCUCAGAUCACGUCGAUCAGGGAGGUCAAGGAGGUCAUGAGGGAGAGCAGCUUCCUGUAUGCUGAGCUUGUGAAGACGACAUCCUCAAUCCUGCCCCGUCGACCACGCGCGGGCGCGUAA